GCUGUCGAGCCGAACGGACUGUUAUCAAAUUUUGUGACUCAUAAACACUAGUGAACAUUAAACAGAACUGCAAGUAAAGAAAACGUUUGAUUAAACGAUGAGCGAAGAACCGUUACAAUACAUGCCAAUGGAAAGAUGGGAAGAAUUAGAGAAGGUUUUUGCAACAGAUUGGCCUCGUAGCAUCUCAGCGCAAGCGGCCUUACAAACGCAAAAACAACUUGAGACACUUGGCCUUGGAUACGGGUUCAAGGCAUAUUGCCCAUACGGAGAUCCACAGAACGGGAUUGUCGCAAUGAAUAAAAAGAAUAAUUUCAAUGAGAUAAUCGUUUACUGUCCACCUGAUAGCAUUACGAAAUUGGAAAAUUGUCUGUUGUCAACUAAAUUGAUAGAGUGGAGACGGCCCCUAACGAUACCUUUUCUACCAGUAUAUAUAUUCAACAGAAUUGAAAGAAUUGCGCCAACUGUAAACGUGGAAAUCGAGAGUGAGGCCCUUCAUCCACCUUACCAUGUCGUAUUGCUGGACAAGAAGACGCCAUUAUUUGAAAAUAUUACAAUUCCAGAAGACAUCACUUUCGAUUUGCUUAAGGAAGAUCAUGUGGAUACAGUCGACAGUGUCUGGAUAAAUCGUUACGAAGGGUCAAAAAGCCUAUUUAAACUAUUAAUCAAAGCCAAGUCCGGAUAUGGAUUAUUUAAAAACAAUGCACUAAUAUCUAGUGUCUUUAUAAACGAAGUGGGAUCAUUCACUCAUAUGUAUACGUUCGAAAACUACAGGAAUAGAGGCUACGGAAAAACUUUAUUGAAACUGGUUUGCAAUGAAAUGUUGAAAGGGCAAAAACAUGUGUUUGGUUACUGCGAUAAAGGAAACACGCUUGCUCUUAAGAUGUACAAUCAUCUAGGAUUUCAGGCCUUGCAUACGGAGAAGGGAACCUUGAGCGCCAAAGGCUAUGGAAGUGGGACUGGAUCCAAGAUCCUUACCAUACACGAAGCCCAGGGACAAACAUGCAAGAACACCUGCAUCAUAAGAACCAAGGGGAUUCGAACGAAACUGCACGACAGCAUCCCGCACGCCGUGGUAGCUGUGUCUCGACAUACACACAGCUGUUGCUACUACACAGACGACAGCGACGACGCAGAUGAACUCAUGGAAAUAAUUGUUCAGUGCCCUGAUGAUGAUACGACAACACUGAAGACAUCCCUUUUCACCACCAAGCUAAUAGAUUGGAGUGAUGUAAUAUUAAUACCGUUUAUGCCGGACAAUAUUCGCCGCAUUGUGGCAGAAGUUGCGCCGCAUGUUAAUGUAGAAAUGGUUGCUGAGGACACUGUACCCAAUCAGAUUAUACCAGAGGACGUUACCAUCCAGCCAGUCAGCGAAAAUGAUUUAGAGAUCGUGAACUCCACUUGGCGCAAUAGCUACAACGGCUCCAUGUGGCUAUUCGAUACGCUGGCUAAAGCAAACUUUGGAUACGGUGUGUUCAAAAACCACGAACUUGUAUCUUGGGUGUUCGUUAACGAAGUUGGAGCGCUAACCCAUCUCUACACCCUGAACGAGCACAGAAGGAUGGGCUUCGCCGAGAUCUUGUUAAAACAAGUGUGCAACACACGUUUGAGAGAAAAUAAAAAUGUUUUCGCGUAUUGUAGAAAGGGGAAUACGAACGCUUGUAAGUUGUAUGAGAAACUCGGCUUCAAGGCGCAUCACGAAGUGCGAUGGUGUUUUUUGAAACCCAAAAUGGAACUUAGUAAAUAA